GGAUAAUGAUCAUGAAUGUAACCGCAACUGAUCAUGGAUAUCUGAUUAAAGAAGCCACAAAGAAAGAGAAAAAACAGUAUUCUGUAUAGUUAUUUCAAAUGAAAUGUGUUUUACUGUGGAAUCUAUCGCGAAGAAAAUUCAACAGAUUGUUUUAUUCUGAAGUUUACGAAAAAUUCAUGUUCGAUACUACACAUAAUGAAUAGAGAAAAUCGCUUUCCCCUUCGAGUGUCUGUUCUGUACAGAAUAUAAAGUUUGAUAUUGCCUAUGACUUAUAAAGAAACCCAGUCUUCAAAAAAAGUUAUAAUAACAAAGGCUAAAUCUUCAUUAAAAAUGGAUAAUGACAUUUGUAUCCAGUUUUCAAAACCCGCUUCACCGAAUGUUCUACCUGAUUCUCUAUCAGCUGAACUUCAUUCUGAAGAUUAUAUAACAACGCCUGAUUUACCGAUAGAUUCUCAAGUUAUUUUCGAGGGAAGGUCAAAAUCAAAUUCUUUAUCGCCAAAGAAUUCACCAUCACUUUCUCAAAGUAACGUAUUAGAAUGCACUCGAAGUGCACGUUCUACGUCAGAGUCGCCAUCAUUUAAGUCAGAUCGUGGAAGUGACUCAAAAAGAAUGUCGCGUCGAGAUCAUGCUAAAGAUAUAAAUUUAAUCCCUAGUUCUAAUACAAACUAUAAAGAAAGAAAAUCUCACAUUCAAACGCCAACUUCUGUAAAAAGCUUUGCUUUCAGAUCCUCUCGUAACCGGAAUGCGUCUAGUUCAAGUUCUGUCUCAAGGCACUCCGUUUCUAGGUCUCGAUCAAGAUCACAUUCUUCGAAAAGUUCCUUUUCAAGAUCACCGUUACAGAAAAGAUCUUUUUCUAGGUCAAUAUCCCGGAAAAGAUCUCAAUCCAAAUCACCAUCUCAGAUAAGAUCUCAAUCAAGGUCACAGUCACGUAACAAAUAUCUAUCAAGGUCACCGUCGAAAAAAAUGUCUCUAUCAAGAUCAAAGUCACGGAACAAAUCUCGAUCGAGAUCACAGUCACUAGCCAGAUCUAGAUCAAGAUCAGCAUCUCGACAUAGGUCUCGAUCAAGAUCACAGUCACGGAACAAAUCUAGGUCAAGGUCAGUGUCAUUAAAAAGACCUCGAUCUUGGUCACUAUCUAGGAGUAGGUCUCAAUCAAGAUCACUGUCACCCAACAAAUCUCGAUCAAGAUCACAGUCACAAUCGAUGAAAAGAUGUCAUUCAAGAUCACCGACCCGGAAAGGAUCUCUAUUAAGAUCACCAUCUCGGAAAAGAUCUCUUGCAGAUUCAAAUUCAUUAAGAGGAUCCAUUUCUCCUAAAUCAAGAUCUGUAUCUAGAUCGCGAUCACAUUCACGCAAAUCUGUAACUAGAUCACGAUCUGAUUCACGCAAAUCCUUUUCUAGAUCACCUUCUGCUUCAAGUUCAAGAUCAGGAUCUAGGAAAUCCAGUAUAAGUUCGAGAUCACAGUCAAGAUCACGAUCUCGGUCAAAAUCAAAGCCUAGAUCUAAUACAAGAUCUCGUUCUACUUCUUUGUCCAGAAGAAUAAGAAGCGGCAGUAGUGAUUCUGUAAAUAAGUCAAAGAAGGAAGACCAUUUAACAUCAGAUUCAGAAGACGGGACAUUUAGUAAAGUAAUUAAAAGAUCGAUCAAUCAAAUACCUGAUUCGGAUGAUGAACUUGACAUUAAUGAACAGCUCGAAAAAAAUCACGCUUCAGACGUUUUACAGGAAGAUAAAGUGGUAAAUGAGAAAGGUGAAUUACUCGUAGACAAUACGGAAAAUGCAGAUGAUUCUGAUGAUGAAGUACACAGACCUGGUGAAGUAGAUGACUCUUUAUCUGAUUUUGAUCGCAUGUUGGCACGUAAAAAAGAAGAGCAAUCACGACGAAGAAAACGAAAAGAUAUUGACAUUAUUAACGAUAAUGAUGAUAUAAUUGCCCAAUUAUUAUCUGAUAUGAGAAAUGCUUCUGAAGAAGAUCGAAAAUUGAAUCAUCAAAACAAACCGGCCACAAAUAAAAUAGCCAUGUUACCGAAAGUCUUGUCUCAGUUAAAGAAACAUGAUUUGCAAUUGGCCUUUUUAGAACAUAACGUUCUCAACGUUCUUACUGAUUGGUUGGCUCCUAUGCCGGAUCGGUCAUUGCCUUCGUUGAAAAUAAGGGAAAGUCUCUUCAAACUUCUUUGGGAGUUUCCGAGAAUUGAUCAGUCAUCUUUGAAGCAGUCAGGAAUUGGGAAAGCUGUUAUGUAUUUAUACAAGCAUCCUAAGGAAACAAAAGAAAACAAAGAACGAGCUGGUAAAUUAAUUAAUGAAUGGGCGAGACCUAUAUUUAAUCUUUCUGCGGACUUUAAGGCAUUAUCUAAAGAAGAAAGAAUGCAGCGAGACUUGGAGCAGACACCCCAAAAAAAGAGAAAAACUGAUGUGGACGGAUCAUCUCAGAAAUCACAAGACAUCAAUAAGGCAUUUAAAGGAGAAGGAAAGGCUGUUCGUCCUGGAGAUCCUGGUUGGGUAAGCCGAGCUAGAGUACCAAUUCCAUCAAAUAAAGAUUACGUAGUUCGCCCAGAUUGGAAAUCUGAUGUCGAUAUUAGUAGAACUACGAAGAAACAAAUGAACAGAUUUGAGCGCCAUAUGAAAAAUUAUGUAGAUAGCAAGAGAUUAAAAGCCGCAAGACGCGCAGUGGAUAUAUCCAUCGAAGGACGUAAAAUGUCAUUGUAGUAUGAAAUAAAUUUUGCGGAACUUACUUGUUUCAACAUGAGUGUAAUAUUCUGCUUAAGGUCUAUUAAGUUGGAUGGGCACGAUAAUUUGAUGUAAUGGAGUUUUAUUUGGACAUAUUUAUUCUUGAAAAUAAUAAGAUCGCUUUUCUGAACAUUGAAUAACUGAGUUGAGAGCAGUGUAUUCAAUCUGAUUUGUAGGUAAAAAAUUAAUAUUGCUUUUCAAAGUAUAUAAAUAUGUUUUCACCC